AUGGCAGUGGAGAACAUCUGGGAGGAGUUUAAAACAACAGUAACAGAAGUUGCGGAAAAGACUUUGGGUUGUCAGAAAAAGAGCAAAAGCCAUAACUCUUGGUUCACCGAUGAGCUGAGGAAGUUAACGGAAGAAAGAAGAAAGAUUUUUCGGGAAUGCGACCAUCAGGAGACAGGUAUUCCAAUCGGAGGCCGGAAGGUGGAUAACAUCAGGUAUGCGGACGACACCGCGCUGUUAGCUGACAGCGAAUGCGAACCUUUUGAUUUCUCGCAGUUCCAGUUCGCCCAGACCAUGAUUUACACCAUCGAGGAAAUAAACAGGAAUCAGACCCUUCUGCCCAACAUUACCCUGGGAUAUCAGAUCCACGACGGCUGCGGGGACCCGGCGAUGUCAACCAAAGUGACCACGCUGCUUAUUAGCGGACAGGAGGAGACCCUUGCCGACGUGAAGUGCAAGACUACCACCAACAUCCCAACCAUAGUUACGGACGCGGAGUCCAUGCAGUCCGUGGCGGUAGCGAGAGUCAUUACCCCCUUCAACAUUACGAUGUUUAGUUAUUCCUCGGCAUAUGACUACCUCAACAACAUGUACGAGUUCCCAACCUUUUUCCGAACCAUUCCAAACGACUAUCACCAGGUGGACGGUCUAGCCCAGCUUGUCAAGUACUUUGGGUGGAAUUGGAUUGGGACAAUAAGGAGCAACUCCACCUAUGGUGCCUUGGCCAUGGACGAGAUCACCAAGAGUAUGCAGAGCCUCGGCAUUUGUAUCGCGUUUUCGGUGGCGGUGCAUAAGACUGACUCCAAAGCCAAGCUUCAGAGCCUCAUCAACACCAUCAAGCAAGCCAGGACGAAAAUCGUCGUUGCCUUCGUUGCUCAGGCAGACAUGGCUGUUCUGCUCCGGGAAGUUGUCCGCCAGAACGUGACGGGGAUCCAGUGGAUUGGUAGUGAGUCAUGGAUCACAAUGCCUAACCUCUCUCCUGAGGAAGCGACUAGAUUCCUGGCUGGGACAGUGGGCUUUGCUGUCCCCAGGACCACGCUACCAGGACUGAAGGAAUUCCUCCUUCAGGUCCAUCCUUCCAAGUAUCCAGGGAAUGUCUUCGUGACCGAAUUCUGGGAAACCACCUUUGAAUGUUUCUUCGAGAAGCCGGAAAACUACAGUAGUUCGGAGAGUGGGGCUCUGGCUAAACUGUGCACUGGCAAGGAAAAUUUGGAAGAAGUAGAUAACCAGUACACAGAUGUGUCACAGCUGAGGAUCGCGUACAAUGUCUACAAAGCGGUGUACGCAAUAGCACAUUCACUAAACAACAUGCUGGUGAAGACAAACUUUACCUUCUCACGCCUUGACCUAUGGGAGCUGCUGCAUUAUAUGUACGCUGUGAACUUCACCACUAAGAAUGGAGAGUACGUAUACUUUGAUGAAAACUUGGAUACAGUCCCAUUAUAUGAGUUGGUAAACUGGCAAAUAGAUUCUGAAGGAUUUGCUCAUGUUGUGACGAUUGGACGCUACGAUGGACUUGUACAGUUUGAGAAAAGACUAUCCAUAAACAAGGAGGAUAUUGUUUGGAUAGAUGGAAAAAAAGAGGUUCCUCGUGGAGUUUGUUCUGACAACUGUCUUCCAGGCACGUGGAAAACUGUCAAAAAAGAGAUGCCACUGUGUUGUUUUAGUUGUAUUCCGUGUACGGACGGUGAGAUCAACAACGUCACAGGUGCCGUGUCCUGCUUAAAGUGUCCUCCAGAAUACUGGUCCAAUGAGCUAAAAACCCAGUGCGUGCCUAAGAAAGUCGAAUUCCUCUCCUUUGACGAUGAGAUGGGAUGUUCACUUGUGGCUCUUGCGGUAAUCGGAGCUUUUUUGACAGUGAUGACAGCUCUUAUCUUUUACAGGCACAAAGACACACCUCUUGUCAAAGCCAAUAACUCAGAACUGAGCUUCCUGCUUCUGUUUGCAUUAACCCUUUGCUUCCUCUGUUCCCUGACCUUCAUUGACCGCCCAUCCACCUGGUCUUGCAUGCUGCGCCACACCAUUUUCAGCGUCUCUUUCGUUCUUUGUCUUUCAUGUAUUCUGGGGAAAACCACUGUCGUGCUGAUGGCUUUCAAAACCAGGCUUCCCAACAACAAGAAGCUCAAAUGGCUUAGCCGAAUGCAUCAGAGACUGAAUGUCUUUGGUCUUACGUCAGUCCAAACCAUAAUCUGCAUUAUGUGGCUCACCACCGCACCUCCUGUCCCUGUUAACAGCACGAAAUAUUACAAGUCUAUUAUUAUUCUGGAGUGCAAUGUUGGAUCUAUAGUGUACUUCUGCUGUGUCUUCAGUUAUAUCGGUGUUCUUGCGUUGCUAUGCUGUGCCCUUGCAUUCUUCGCACGGAAGCUACCCGACAACUUCAACGAAGCCACCUUCAUAACCUUCAGCAUGCUCAUAUUUUGUGCAGUCUGGAUUACUUUCAUCCCAGCUUACGUCAGCUCCCCUGGCAAGUACUCAGUGGCUGUCGAGGUAUUUGCAAUCCUGGCUUCCAGUUUUGGGCUUCUCUUCUGUAUUUUCGCUCCCAAGUGUUACAUCAUCUUGCUUCAGCCAGAAAAGAACACAAAGAAAUAUUUAAUGCAGAGGUCCAAAGGCAAAAAGAACUGA